AGAAGCCAGACGAUGUUUCAGAGAAAACUUCUUUAGCUGAUCAAGAGGAACUGAGAACUAUAUUCAUCAAUCAGCCCCAGUUUACCAAAUUCUGCAAUAAUCAUGUCAGCACUGCAAAGUACAACAUAAUAACAUUCCUGCCAAGAUUCCUUUAUUCCCAAUUCAGAAGAGCUGCUAAUGCAUUUUUUCUUUUUAUUGCGUUACUUCAGCAAAUUCCAGAUGUAUCACCAACAGGUCGUUACACAACAUUGGUUCCUCUCUUAUUUAUUUUAGCUGUAGCUGCAGUCAAAGAGAUAAUAGAGGAUAUUAAAAGACAUAAAGCUGAUAAUGCAGUGAACAAGAAACAAACUCAAGUAUUACGGAAUGGUGCAUGGGAGAUUGUCCACUGGGAAAAGGUGGCAGUAGGGGAAGUAGUGAAAGUGACCAAUGGGGAGCAUCUCCCAGCUGAUCUCAUCAGUCUGUCAUCAAGUGAACCACAAGCUAUGUGCUACAUUGAAACAUCAAACUUGGAUGGUGAAACAAACUUAAAAAUUCGACAGGGUUUGCCACUGACAUCAGAUAUAAAGGACAUUGAAAGCUUGACGAGACUUUCAGGCAGAAUCGAAUGUGAAAGCCCAAACAGACAUCUCUACGACUUUGUUGGAAACAUCAGACUGGAUGGGCAUGGUACUGUUCCACUGGGAUCUGAUCAGAUUCUUCUACGAGGAGCUCAGUUAAGAAAUACUCAGUGGGUUCAUGGAAUAGUUGUCUAUACAGGACAUGAUACAAAACUCAUGCAGAAUUCCACGAGCCCACCUCUUAAAAUGUCCAAUGUGGAGCGAAUUACAAAUAUUCAGAUUUUGAUUUUGUUCUGCAUCCUUAUUGCCAUGUCCUUGAUCUGCUCCAUUGGUUCAGCUAUAUGGAAUCGAAGACAUACUGGAAGAGACUGGUAUCUUGAUUUAAAUUAUGGUGGAGCAAGCAACUUCGGGUUGAAUUUCUUAACUUUCAUCAUUCUCUUCAAUAAUCUUAUUCCAAUCAGUUUGCUGGUUACACUUGAAGUUGUUAAAUUUAUCCAGGCGUAUUUCAUAAAUUGGGAUAUAGAUAUGCACUAUGAACCUACAGACACUGCUGCUAUGGCUCGUACUUCCAAUCUCAAUGAAGAACUUGGACAGGUCAAGUACAUAUUUUCUGACAAAACGGGUACCCUGACAUGCAACGUCAUGCAAUUCAAGAAGUGUACUAUAGCAGGAGUGGCAUAUGGCCAUUGCCCUGAGCCUGAGGAUUAUAGUGUUCCUUCAGAUGAUUGGCAAGGCUCACAAAAUGGAGAAGAAAAAACAUUUAGUGACUCAUCAUUACUGGAGAAUCUUCAAAGCAAUCAUCCAACUGCACCUAUAAUAUGUGAGUUUUUGACAAUGAUGGCAGUGUGUCACACAGCUGUUCCAGAAAGAGAAGGUGAUAAGAUUAUAUAUCAAGCAGCAUCUCCAGAUGAAGGAGCAUUGGUCAGAGCAGCCAGGAAUCUUCGUUUCGUAUUCACUGGAAGGACACCUGACUCAGUAAUCAUAGAGUCUUUGGGACAGGAAGAACGAUAUGAAUUACUGAAUGUUCUGGAAUUCACCAGCACUAGGAAGAGAAUGUCAGUGAUAGUUCGCACCCCAACAGGAAAGUUAAGACUGUACUGCAAAGGAGCUGAUACUGUAAUUUAUGACCGUCUUGCUGAGAGUUCAAAAUACAAAGAAAUCACCUUAAAACAUCUAGAGCAGUUUGCUACAGAAGGUUUACGAACUCUGUGUUUUGCUGUGGCUGAAAUUUCAGAAAGUGACUAUCGAGAGUGGUUAAAUGUCUAUCACCGGGCUUCCACAGCUAUACAGAACAGAGCGCUCAAACUUGAGGAGAGCUAUGAGCUAAUUGAAAAAAAUCUUCAGCUGCUUGGAGCAACAGCGAUUGAAGAUAAACUACAGGACAAAGUGCCUGAAACUAUAGAGACGCUCAUGAAAGCAGACAUCAAAAUUUGGAUACUUACUGGGGACAAGCAAGAGACUGCUAUUAACAUUGGUCACUCCUGUAAACUUUUGAGAAAGAACAUGGGACUAAUUGUUAUAAAUGAAGGCUCCCUGGAUGGAACCAGAGAGACUCUUAGCCAUCACUGCAGUACUCUUGGUGAUGCUUUAAGGAAGGAAAAUGAUUUUGCUCUUAUCAUUGAUGGUAAAUCCCUGAAGUAUGCUUUGACAUUUGGAGUGAGACAGUAUUUCCUGGAUUUGGCUUUGUCAUGUAAAGCUGUUAUUUGUUGCAGGGUAUCUCCACUUCAAAAAUCUGAAGUUGUAGAAAUGGUUAAAAAACAAGUUAAGGUAGUAACUCUAGCCAUUGGUGAUGGAGCAAAUGACGUUAGUAUGAUACAAACAGCACAUGUUGGUGUUGGUAUUAGUGGGAAUGAAGGUCUACAGGCUGCUAAUUCUUCAGAUUACUCAAUUGCUCAGUUCAAGUAUUUGAAGAACUUGUUGUUGGUUCAUGGUGCCUGGAACUAUAACAGAGUAGCUAAAUGCAUCUUAUACUGUUUCUACAAGAAUAUAGUCCUUUAUAUUAUUGAGAUCUGGUUUGCUUUUGUUAACGGUUUUUCUGGACAAAUUCUUUUUGAAAGAUGGUGUAUAGGUCUUUACAAUGUGAUGUUUACAGCAAUGCCUCCAUUAACUCUUGGAAUAUUUGAGAGAUCUUGCCGAAAAGAAAAUAUGCUGAAAUAUCCUGAGUUGUACAAGACUUCUCAAAAUGCACUGGACUUUAAUACUAAAGUUUUCUGGGUUCAUUGUUUAAAUGGCCUCUUCCACUCAUUCAUUCUCUUUUGGUUUCCACUAAAAGCCCUCCAGCAUGGCACUGUAUUUGGCAAUGGUAGAACUUCAGAUUAUCUGCUCCUGGGGAACACUGUUUACACUUUUGUGGUUCUUACUGUGUGUUUGAAGGCUGGAUUAGAGACCUCGUACUGGACUUUGUUCAGCCAUAUAGCUAUCUGGGGCAGCAUAGCACUUUGGGUAGUGUUUUUUGGAAUCUACUCUUCUUUGUGGCCAGUCAUUCCUAUGGCACCUGACAUGUCAGGAGAG